GCAACGUGGUUGCCAUGGCCUCGAUAAAUUAGCAAUGUCAAUCAUUGUUAUUCCAAAUAUUAUUAGUUUUGCUAUCUUUAAUAAAUAGUACAUAGAUAUAUUUACUAAUAAAAUGGCUGAAAGGGCCCCAGUGUCAGCUGAGGAUACUCUAGUUCGUUACGACAACCCUGUGUUAGUGACUAAACAGCCAGAGAAAGUUACAUCACCACGUAGUGCUAAUGUUAUUCAACCGUGUGUGCCUACUGAAGCUAAACGUGAGACAGAGGAAAUCUUGAAUGCUAUCCUACCUCCUAAGGAAUGGGAGGAAGACGGACAGAUAUGGACUCAGAAGAUCUCGUCGACACCAGCGACGCGUCUGGACGUGAUUAAUCUCCAAGAGAUGCUGGACACGCGUCUGCAGCAGCGGCAGGCCCGGGAGACCGGCAUCUGUCCCGUGCGCAGGCAGCUCUACACGCAGUGCUUCGAUGAACUCAUACGACAGGUUACAAUAAACUGUGGCGAAAGAGGCCUCCUGCUAUUGCGAGUGCGCGACGAAGCGAGGAUCACAAUGGAGGCCUACCAAACGCUCUACUGCAGCUCCAUCGCCUUCGGUAUGAGGAAAGCUUUACAAUCCGAGCAAGGCAAAUCCGACCUUAUGGACCAAGUAGCAAAGUUGGAAGCCGAGCGCUCCGCUCUUGAGAAAACAUGUAUGGAGCUGAAACAGAAGACGGAACAAUUGGAGCGACGCGCCGCCGAACUGCGGGCAGCUGAAGAGAAACGUCACCAGGAGGAACUGUUGGCGUUGAAGAAGACUAAUGCACAACUGAAGGCGCAACUAGAAGGAAUCAUCGCCCCGAAGAAAUAAUCAGGCGGAUAUAUUAGUUAUUAUUUUUAAGAUGUUUUUGUUGUGACUACUUAAUAUAAUGCAUUUAAAUUGUGUUCCAUAAAAUAUAAUAAUUAGUUAAUUAUACAUUAGACUGCGAUCUAUCGCAUUUUAUCUAAUAAUAAUAAAGUUUAUACAUAUUAUGUACGUA